AUGGUCGUCGUCCGCGAGUCUCCGCGAGCGCAUCACUCCCCCGACAAGACCGGUGUCCAAUGGCCUCCCAAAUCACCUUUCCAGGCGCUGCUGAGUUCACCAAGUGGGAGGAAGAGGUGGCAGGAUCACCAGAGUCGCGCAGAGCAGAGAUCUCCAAGUCCGAGUCCUAUGCGAAAGUCGAUGCACAGCUCUCAGAAGCUGCAAGAGCUGGCGAACAUGGACGAUGACGACCAAGAGGACGAAGAUGAGGAGACGCUGCAGUUGAAAUUGCAAGAGAUUCAGGCGAAGCUGAGAUUGAAGAAGCUUCAAGCAAAAGAGCGAAAGGCCGAAGGUGCAGGUGGAAGAGCAUCACGGCAGGACAGCGUGCGAUCAUCUUCCCCCAGGAAGCCCAACAUAUCUCCCACCCGGCUAUAUAAAGCUGCGAUUGAGGUCCCUGUCUCGCCAGUUCGAAAUGCCAGGGCGCCUGAGGAACAAAUGUCGCCAGCAAGAAGGAGGCUGGGCUUGACUUCGGUGCCUCGUGCAGAAGAGGUGUCGCUUAAGAGGGCGAGGGAUGGAAGUCAAAUCAAGAGGUCCGAAUCGCGACAGAACAUGCAACAGUCGCAACGGGAAGUACCCAAAGUGAAAAGCUUCAGCGAGCGACUGGCACAAAGCAGGACUGCUGUUGAAGAAAAGCAAGCCAAGAAGGACCAUCUCGACAGAAUACGCAGCUCCGGGUUCACCCACACCAAAGCGGACACACCGUUGCGAAGAGACCCGGAGUCCAAAGGACGAGUAUCGAGGUUGGCAGAUGACAGCAAGAGACCCUCCUCAGCAGGCCAAGCACAAAGCUCUACGCCUGCAAAAGACGCCUCGAUAUCCCGUUCUGCUUCGGCUCGAGUGCCACGUGAAAAGGAACAAGCAAAACCGCACGCUAGAACUCUGUUCAAUCCUGAAGCAUACGGCCAAGAGUCUGGAACCGGACACGACGAAGGAGACAGCGACGCAUCUCUCGACAUCGAAGACGCAGAUGAUCAAGCGGGCUUCGAUGCUUUCUCGAAAGUCCACCUGAAAAAGCGUAACAUUGAGCAUUCAGUCAUUGCGCGUGAGAUGGAAGGCAAAGAGGUGUACACAGUGCGGCGUCUCUUGAAAGAGGUCAAAGCACCGCAUUACGAUCCACCCGAUUGCGAGUCGGACUAUGUUGUGUUCGCAGUACUCGCCUCCAAAUCUCAGCCCUUCUCGCACGCCGAAAGUCACAAGACCGCGGAACAAGCGAAAGAGGAUUAUCAAACGCCUCGAAACAAGUUCAUGGUCUUACAUCUGACAGAUUUAGAAUGGGAAAUCGACUGCUUCCUCUUUGGCACAGCGUUCAAUCAGUUCUGGAAACUUACACCAGGUACUCUCUUGGCCAUCCUCAAUCCAGCCAUCUUACCACCCAAGGGAAAUCAAAACAAUGGGCGCUUCAGUUUGAAGCUUGGCAGCAGCGAAGACGCCGUCAUGGAGAUCGGUAUAGCUCGAGAUCUCGGGUACUGCAGCGCUGUCAAAAAGGACGGUCAGCCAUGUGGUGAAUGGAUCAACAAGCGCAAGGCCGAAGCCUGCGAAUUCCACAUCUCCUUGCAGAUCGAGAAGAACCGCAAGAGCAGGAUGGAGGUCAACACCAUGUUUCGAGGCGCUAGAAACCCCGACGACAAGAUUAAGAGUCGAAUCGCGAGGGAUAAGCAGGCGAAGAAAUCUGGUGGUGGCGCAUCGUACCAUCGUGAGUAUGGCCAGCUGUAUAGUGUCAACUCGGGCGUAAGAGGAAACAGUGCAGCGAGUCUGCUUGACAAGGACGACACCGACGCAUUGCACAACAUGACGCAAGAAGAGGCGAGUCGCAAACGGAUUGCCAAUGCGCAGAAAGAAAGAGAUCUGGCCAAAAAACUGGGCGAGAUGGGAAGGGGUGUUGGGGCUGAGUAUAUGCGUUCGAAGCAUCAACAUACGACCUCGACAACAACAGUCUCAUCCACCACUUCAUCCAACAGAAAGGACAUCAGCGCCGCUGAAGAAGCUCGAAACGCACUCUUUUCCAAACCCUCAGCCGCCGAGCUGGGCCUUCUAGGCAAGAAAGCGAGCGACGCCCAUCUCAGCCCCGCGAAAGACCGCAAGAAACACUUCGGCCUCGGCGCCAUGUCACUGCAAAACGGCGGGAGCAGCGCAACCAGGACCUCUGAGCCCAUGGGCUGGGGCGCGGCCAGGAAACCUGGUCUGCUUCAGCCUAAAGAGAGUAAAGUGGGUAGCCCCGAGCGAGGACAGACGAGGUUGGAUACGGCUCCGCGUUAUCGGAGUCAGGAUACUAGUCUGAGGAGCCAGGGGAGCAGUAGUCCGGUUAAGAAGAAGGCGCGGUUCGAUUUGGCGAAGGGGAUCAGGAUGCCUGGGCGGGAUAGUUUGCCGGGUGCUGCUGGUGGUGGGCAGGUGGAUGAUGAUGAGGAUGAUGAUGAUUUGGAUAUUGUGUAG